GAAAUGCAACGAACCAGUGUAAUUAAAUGCAAACAUUUCAGUAUUAUACUCUCAGCUUCACAGGCACGAUAUCGAAAAUGGAAUUGAUUCAUUUAACCACAUUAAUUUUGUUUGUUUUGCAGUCGAGAAACGCUUACGAAUUGGAUAGUGAUGAUCCUUUCGCUAUUGACAACGACGACUUUAAAAUGGAAAUUGAUGGUGCAACAGCAGUUCAAAUUGCUAAUUUGGACAUCGACGACAUUAGCUUCGAGGACAACAUCAAUACAUUUCCGACCACCCAACCACAACCAACACCACCACCGCAGUACGAAACGUUCUUAUUGAAGAAAACCAUUAAUCCGGCAAUGAAUAAUCACAUCCAAACAAACAACAAUCUGCAAAGCAUGAAAGCGUACAAAAUUGUCUCCAAAAAACCAAUUAUUGAAAAUUCACUGGUGAAAAUUGUCAUGGCACCGCAUAAUGUCUUGGAAAAGCUAUCAAGGCAAGACCAACGUAAUAAUAUAAAAUAUGUCAUUGAUACAAUCGAUAAAAGUGGCAAUGCUCCAAUAAAAGAGAAUGGUAGCGAUGGUAUUUACGGUCGGGAAUUGAUUCAAAAUGGUAAUGGCAAUGGAAACAUAAAUGUGGAAGUUUUUUCGUUAGAAGAUGAUGGAAGUAUUGACUUUACGAAAACUACUCAAAAUGUGCUGGAUCACGAUUUCAAUAACAUUCAGGUUAUUGCAAAACCGCAUAAACAGCAACUAAACACGAUUUCGAUGGAAAAGAAAAGUCCAUUUGAGUUGAUAGAAAUACCUAAAGUCGGUAACGUUCCUGAUCCCAAUAAAAGCGAAGGAGUGAUUAAUCCUCGUCCGGUUGAUUUAGAAACAAAAUCGAUGGAAACUAUCCCAGAGAGUAAGUCCAGUCACACGAGAUUGCCUAUCACAACAGAAGCUAUUGUUACUGAUUCAACAUACGCUGAUGCCGAAGAACUCCUAUCCAAUCCAACAACAUCACAGAAUUUAAUUCCAACUCUGACACCGGAACUGGAAGAUAUGCUGCCUGAUUCAGUCGAAGAUCCUACCGAUACAAAUGCAAGUACACAUCGAAUAGGUUUGGAGGAUGUAGAACUUCUACCAAUUACAUCCACAGAAGUUUCCGCAGAAAACGGCACUCCAACGGUCGUGUUAAAAAUAUUAAAGAAUCGAACAGUGUUAAUAGAAGAAACAGUGCCACAAUCCACACCCGACCAAUUAGGCAUGGAAAUGACAUCUGUUCCAAAAAUAGUGACUCCGGUGGUGCGACCCAAAAAGAAGACUUCCACCGAAGCACCUAUCGUAAUUGAAGUGAAACCACCACAGUUUCCGGUAAAGACUGCCAUCCUGAACACCCACAAUAAACACAAAAAUGUUGCUCCAAAACUUGACGACAUCUCAUUCGAAUUAACUGGGAAAACAAGCCUCCAAAGCAUUGAAACAACCGAAGUGUUACCGUUGUCUUUAACCAAAUCCAAAAAUAAAAAACGUGCUGUCGGUGAUGAGGGAUCGUUCGCUUCCAACAUUGUUCGGCCCAGUCCGAUUCGGCCGAAAAAAAUUGGCGAUUUAUUUCCACACGAAACUGAAGCGGAACGCGCAGAACGUUUGAGUAAGUCCAUGCAACGGUUAAUGCAUUUCGUUACGAUUGUGGGUCACGUUGAUUCAUAUUUGACGAAACGGGUUCGACAUGGCCUUAAGAAUGUUGCACGAAUAUUUGAUUCUGCGGAAGAUACACGUCGACGUCGAAGUAAUUUGUAGGGGGAGGGAGGUAAAUAAAGCGUUUUUUUAUAUUGUUUUUUAUA